AAUGUCAUAUACUUGGGGAACAUGUAAUAUUAUAAACCAAUAUUAAUAAUAGGGACUUAAAGUUAAACUCCAAAUAGUCAUUCUUAGAUUUGGGUAGGAUACUAAUUUACAACUAUAUUCACAACUUUAGAAUGCUUUAGUAUUAGAACAAGUAGAAAAUAAGUUAUAGAUUUAAAUAUAUUACCAACAUUUAAUUUAGAAUUCGUUUAAUCUGGUUAAAUAUACUUUGCUAAUGGAAAUUAUGAUUAUUCAGUAGAUAAAUCACUUACACCAUUGAGAAUGAAUGUAUAAGUUAAAUGUGAAAAAAAUAAGAAAAUUCAAGCAAAUUUUCAUAAAUGCAAUUCCUGUAGUGUUUAAAAGACUUACUCUUUUAAGUAUAAUUGUUUUAAUUAGAUGAAUUAUAUAGGGUUUUUUCCUUUAUUUUAAUAAUCAUUUUCAUAAUAUAAUCAUUUAAAAGUAAGUAUUCAAUCAUUAUAACUUGAAAUUAUACAUGUUGUUUAUAAUUAAAUCAUUACAGAAACAACGAUUGUGACUAUUUCAAUAUUAGAUUAAUGA